AUGUCUGAGAGAGAGACAGAGAGAAAGAACGCACAUGGCACGUCUCAGGCGACAAGUGUUGACCGCCUGGGACAGCCUUCAUUCACCCUCCCACCGGCGGACGAAAGGGAGUCCGCCCUCCUCCUGCCUCUCAUCCAGACACAACAGCCGCCCGGGCGUCUUCGGGUCAUGGACGGCGCGAAGUCUCAGCCCGUCGGCGUGGAGGAGGCAGAGGACAGGUUCCGCGUCCUCGCCUAUGACACGGCGCUCAGCACGGUGGUGGCGGUGGCAGUGUACGUGGCGCUCAAAGCCGGCCUAGACGGCGUCCGCCGGUGGCGCGCCCGCAUCUCGGUGCUCGUCGUGGGCUCGGGUCCCGUGGGGUUGACGGCCGCCCUGGUCGCUGUCCGCUCGGGGAAAGUGCUGCAGCUGACCGUGCUGGACGAGCGGAACCGGAGCGCGCUGCUCUGCCGGCCGCAGCAGAUCGCCCUGGACCCACGCAGCGUGGAUUUUCUACUGGGACUCGGGGUGGACUUUGACAACAUGGAGGGAUGCUGGCAAGACGAGCACUUCUUCACCAGGGUCGGCGUGUUCCAGGAGUACCUGCUCAGCAUCCUGGAGCAAAAAAAGCAGCAAGUGGACGUCAGGGUGCAGCUCGGCACCAAGUUCACACAGGAUUAUCUGCGGCGCAUCCCAGCCGAAGAGUGGCCACGUGUGAUUGUGUUGGCCGACGGUUCAUGCGGCGACUCCUGUUCCGUGCUGGGCCUCAGCUCCGACUACACGGUGGAGUCGUGCCACGCCUACGGAGCCAACGCCAGCAUCGAGAGGCUGGACCAGAGACAGGUGCCCACUCCGGAGAUCCGCGCCCACAGUCUCUACUUUGAUCUGUCCGCAUAUGGGGUGGAAGCCCUGAGGGAGCACCGCAACCCCGCCGUCAAGCCCGGCUUCCACUUGAAGAUUUACGGCACCUUCAGGAACCGCUACAUGGCCCUUGCAUGUCCCGCCUCUGACACCAGGAUGGUCCGCUUCCUCAGACACACGGCCAACUCCUCACUUAUGAAGAACAUCUUCCAUCAGUCCUUCAACGCGUACAAGACUGACAUUGAGCCACGGCUGAAUGACGUGACGCUCUACCACAUGCAAUGCAGUCGGCGUCUCUUUGAGAUCCAGCUGUCGCACAGACGUGUCAGCGCCGCCUACAUCGAGGGGGACCAUGUCGCUGUCACCGUGGAGGGAGAGGCGGCCCGCGUCCUCAACUUUGACACGGGCUGCGGCGUGAAUCUCGGCUUGCGAGGCCUGGAGUCAAUGGGGACGUUUAUCUACCGCACCGCCACUGCCGUCGACCGGCACGACAUCCUGGAGGCCCUCUCGGACAAAAUGCAGCACUCCAGACAAGUGGCUCGCACCUUCAAGCAGACUGGCUUGACUGAGUCCAUGUAUGCCUGACGUUGGCUGCUUGUGUGGUCAGUGCAUACUGCCCUUCUCGUCAUCACAGAGAGAAGGUAACGCCAAUGACUUGAUAUCAACUCACCUAAAAGUGUAAUGUAAUGACAUUCUGAUGUCUUUGAUAGAGUAGCAUAUUUUUGUGUGAGUAGUUCUAUCCUUUAUCAUGCUGGAUGUAGAAGUGAGGAAAUACUCGAUGUUCAAGUUCAGGUGAUCUUCAGUCCCUGGCAACACCACCUAAAUUUGUACACAUGUUGAAACGCUAACUGAUAUUAACACCGGGAGUUAAGUCACCAUUACAGGAAAUAUGUGAAUGAAAAAUACUUUUAUGCCAUUAAUAUAAACCAUUCUAAUUAAAGAGAGCGGUGGUAACUGAACAAUACAUCUUGUGCUGCAUCCUACUACAACAGGUCAACAAGAAAAUUCAAAUCAAAGGUUGCGUUGUUUCUUUCUCGCACAUCAAGUUUUUGGCAUAUCUUGAUUUUUUUUUUUUGUUUCCGUUUUCAAUUUUGACCUUUAAAAGCUUGCGUUAUACGGAUUUUACCACGGAUUGUAAUUUAUACCUUUGAGGUUUCAGAAAAAAAGAUCCACCUGAGCUAACCCUGAGUUCAUAAAUAUUACAAAGUGAUAAAUAUGUUACUAAAAUACAUUUUACAUUAUUGUUUUUAUUAUCACCAUUAUUGUGAUUAUGAAAAGCUUAUGUACUAGAAGAAAAUAAUGGGCAGAUUCAAAUGCAAUUAGCACUCAAAUGUCUUCAAGAAAGGUUUACUUGCAUCUCUCGUUAUUAGUAUUUUCAAAAACUUUUUUGACCAGUGUAAUUUAUCAGAUCCCAAUUACAACCUCCAAACACACCACCUCUGGACCGUUGUAAAACGAAAUGAUGCGCAAGCAGUUCUGAAUUUUGCCUGAUUUAGAUGUCACAAGGAGGGUCAUGGUUGACCGAUUGUGACAUAUCCUGCUCUGACGUUUGCCCGGUAUGAUCAGAGUCUUCAAAAGUCUCUUGAACGCAAGAAAAAGUUGCUUUAUUUGUUGCCAGUUGUCUUAGUGGCUACAAAGUUGUAGAGUCACAGAGAGAUUCAUCCAUCAAUUGGGAUUCCUCUCAAGCAAAGCGGAUUUUCAGCAAGGCUACAAAAUUAAGUUCUGUCACUGUUGAUACAUGAGAUAUUUUAAUGAUAAAAUAUGUCUCCAUUAA